AUGAUGUUCGCUUCUGUAUUUCUUUGGGUGAAACGCCUGUAUCGUCGACGAUCCCACCAUCAUUGUCUUCCGCUUUCCGAUGCAAAUUAUGUGUUGUCGUUAUCUUCGUUGGUGAUUGAACUUCUUCGAUUCAGUCGGUUAGUGGAGUUGGCCUCCGUCGUUGUCUUCGGCGUGAUAAUGUUCCCUUUAAUAGGGCGUGAUUUUCCGGUAUGUACUCCUCAUAUUACUGUCGGUGUCUUUCCAUCAACUUCCAAGGUUGGUGAUGUCUUUCCGGUGAUAGAGAUUCAUUUAGUCAAUCUUCAAUCCAUCGGUUUUUGUUUGUUAGCGUUACGGCUUAACGGUUAUUACCGAUUUCAAUUCGUGACGCGAAUCCUCAAACAGCCAUGGCCACCACCAGGCUUCUUCUCCAGUGAUCAAUUUUUUUCAGUUGCUAUACUGAGAAAGGGAUGGGCUAUGGCUUCCUUGGCUAAAGAAAACAAAGGAAACUUACAUGAUACUAUAUUUGCUGUAAAAGAAAGACUAAUCAGCACAUUACGGGGCAUUAUGAUAACUCACGAAGACAGCACUAAGACAUCAUUGAUUUCAUUGGGGAGCGAAGAUUCUAAAGCAAUAAGGGCAACGGGAGUGUUUGGGACGGAUUACGAUGUAACAGAUGGAUCGAAUCCAAUGAUCUUUUUAGAGAAAAAAUGGUAUUUCCUCACAAAAUUGAGAGCCACAAAAAAGAUCAACAAAGACCAAGAACGAAGUAGAGUAAAGCUAGCGAAUCAGCCUAUCCUACGAAUGCAUUUGGAAGCAUCGUGUUAUUGCUAA